AUGUCUCAAGCUUCGGAAGAAGACAACGAUUGCGCGGACUUAAUGUCUCCCGAGUCCCCCAUGACUCCAGAUGGAAUGAUUCUCGCAAGAAUGCCAUGGCAUCCAGGUCUCGUUGGAAAUUGGAACACGGCAAAAUCGGUGAGCAGUGCAAUGCUCAACGGAGAGGAGACGGAUCGAGCUGCUCCAAGUAAUGAGCAGCAAGAAGCCGGCUCAUCGUCACAGAUUGGUCAAGAAUCUCGAAAAACUGUCGUGUUUCAAGAACCAGAUGCUGGAUUCCCGAGUGAACACGAUCAACUAACGACUCUUCACGAUUCAGAGGAAGGAAAUCGGAAAAUGUCAUUGGUUGGAAAACCUUUAACAUACAAGAAUUAUCGAACCGAUCAACGUUUUCGAAGAAUGCAGAACAAAAUGCAUAAUUUCCUGGAGAGGCCGCGAGGGUGGAAAGCGGCCUCUUACCAUUUGGCAGUUUUGUUUAUGGUGUUAAUGUGUCUUGCACUCUCAGUAUUUUCUACAAUGCCGGACUUUGAAGUAAAAGCGACUAUCGUUCUAUACUAUUUGGAAAUAGUUUUUGUAAUCUGGCUGGCUACAGAAUAUAUUUGUCGUGUCUGGUCUGCCGGCUGUCGUUCAAGGUACCGAGGAAUCAGCGGACGUAUUCGUUUUGCUACAAGUGCCUACUGCGUUAUCGAUAUUAUUGUUAUUUUGGCUUCAAUCACAGUGUUAUGCAUCGGAGCGACGGGACAGGUUUUUGCUGCUUCAGCAAUCAGAGGGUUGCGAUUCUUUCAAAUAUUGAGAAUGCUCAGAAUUGAUAGACGUGCGGGUACAUGGAAACUACUGGGCAGUGUUGUAUGGGCACAUAGACAGGAGUUGCUGACAACUGUGUACAUUGGAUUUCUAGGACUCAUUUUCUCUUCGUUUCUUGUAUAUUUGUGUGAAAAGAACACCAACGAUAAAUAUCAAACUUUUGCGGAUGCCCUCUGGUGGGGAGUGAUAACACUAUCAACGGUAGGAUAUGGUGACAAGACUCCCGAGACGUGGCCUGGAAAAAUUAUCGCAGCAUUCUGUGCUCUUCUGGGAAUCUCAUUUUUUGCUCUUCCUGCUGGGAUCUUGGGAUCAGGAUUUGCUUUAAAAGUGCAACAACACCAACGUCAGAAACAUUUGAUAAGAAGAAGAAUCCCUGCAGCAAAACUUAUUCAAUGUUUAUGGCGUCAUUAUUCGGCGGCGCCAGAAUCCACGUCAUUGGCAACUUGGAGAAUACAUUUGGCUCGAGAAAUGCCACCAAUGGUUAAAUUCACACCAAACGGAAGUAACAACGCGACGGGUCUCAUCAAUCGUUUACGACAAAGUACAAAACGGGGGCCAAGCACAAACAUUCAAACGCCGUCAAGCAACUUGCAAUCAACUUCCAAAAAUUUAUCGGUUCCACGUGUUCAUGAUACCAUCAGCCUCGUAUCAACAUCUGAUAUCUCGGAGAUUGAACAACUUGGAGCUUUAGGAUUUUCACUCGGAUGGAAAUCUAAGUCUAAGUACAGCGGAUCAAGGAAAGCAGCUGACGACUCGAUGUUGCAAACCAGGACCAUGGCACAAUCGAAUGCGCAACUUGAUGAUAUGCGGAGACGUUCGCGAAGGUCCGCAUCGCUGUGUCGUGUUGUCAACAAUGGACAACAUCUGCGGCCGUCGCAACCACGAGCAACCUUAUCGGAUAGUGACGUCAUUGGCGACUACUCUCUUAUGAUGGCCCCCAUUUACCAGUGGUGCGAACAAAUGGUUCAACGAAACAAUGGGCCGGGUGACGAUGGGAUGUGGAGUCAAUUAUCACAAUUAACCACGUGUGCAACACGACGCCCCGAGGAUAUAUCGGAUGGUGACGAAGAAGAAAAUGUUGGUUAUCAACCACAAACAAUGGAGGAAUUCACACCGGCUCUCAAAAAUUGCGUUCGUGCGAUUCGAAGAAUACAACUACUAGUGGCGAGGAGGAAAUUCAAAGAGGCUCUAAAACCAUAUGACGUCAAGGAUGUUAUUGAACAAUAUUCGGCCGGACAUGUAGAUUUGCAAAGUCGUGUGAAAACAGUGCAGGCAAAGCUAGAUAUUAUCUGUGGGAAGAAUAUUGAAAAGUUGGAACCCAAAAUUUCAAUGUACAGCAGAAUUGCAACAUUAGAAACAACGGUCGGAAAUAUGGACAAAAAACUUGAUAUGAUGGUGGAAUUGUUAAUGGGACGACCAACUGCACACCGCAUUUUCUCCCAGAAUACUUCCCCCAGAGGAGAAAUAAGUAGUGAGCCAAACAGUGCCCGUCAUGAUAUAACAAGAUCAAGAAGAUCGGUUGCAAGUACUGAUAAUGAAAUGUAUACAGCAAGAUCUCAUUCCCCUAGUGCUCAAGGGCUUAUAAUUGCUCGAAUGGCUGAAGAAGAAGAUGAUGAUGAAAAUGUAUUUGAUGAAAAUCAUCCGUUGAAUAAUGGGCCAAGUACAUCGGGCUGUUAG